CUGCUCCCUUUUAUUAGUAUUCUUCGCAAGCUAAGAGACAAUGGAGUCAAUAAAAAAUCCUCAACAUGACACAUGUGAGACUGCAGACACAGCUGUAUGCACUGAACGGAGCCAGCAACCUGAAGUCUCCAGCAGGUCAAAAAGAAAACUGACAUCCGGCUCAGAAUCAUCUUCCCCAGAGAAUGGUACUGACAAACAACCGAAGAGACAGAGGCGCAAUAUUAAAAUAAUGAAAAAGACAGAAAAAGACAAAUCUUCAGCAGUUGAUGUUGCAACUCCGCCAUCCAAAGAGUACCUUGCAGAGGGAUCAGAGCACAUCUAUCGCACGCACACCUGCCCAAAGUGUCGUCGCUGCUUCAAGAUGCGCUCCCACCUACAAGAGCACCUCCACCUACAUUUCCCUAACCCCAGCCUCCAGUGUCCCACCUGUAAACGCUACUUCACCAGCAAGAGCAAGCUGCGUAUCCAUCGUCUCCGUGAGGCUGGUGAGAAGCUUCAUCAGUGCCACCUGUGUGAGUAUUCUGCUGUGGAGAAGAACGCAAUCCAACGUCAUCUCAAAAGCAUGCAUGCUGCUGAAAAUCAGGACAGUCAGCGCUUUCCUUGCCCCACCUGUGGUCAGAUCUUCCACCAGAGUAGAUCGCUUAAGGCUCACAUGAAGACGCACAACAUCCCAUCAGACAGUAAGCUGGCAUCCUGCCUACACGAGGGAUGUUCUUUUCAGAGCUCCUCAAACAAAGAUCUUCUUAAACACACAAUGGAGGUACACGGAGUCAAAGCUGUAGAGUGUCGGCAUCACGCCUGUGGAGCUGUCUUUAAAAGUGAGACAGACAUGGAGGCUCAUUAUCGGACACAUCUCGCCUACCACUGCUCGCAGUGUGACUUCUCCUGCUCCAAUAAAGCUCUCUUCCUCCAGCAUCAGCGGCAGGGUCACCCAGGGAGCGACAAGCUUAGCUGUGACUUCUGCUCCUUCGUAACGCUUAACCCCGUGGAGUUUGAGCAGCAUGUGGGACACUUGCAUGCCAAUGAGAAGAUCCACCGCUGCUUACAGUGCAGCUUUGUGACGUCGCAUAAACGUGGACUGAAGAGACACAUGCUGAUGCACAGUGGCGAGAAGCCCCAUAAGUGUAGCCUGUGUGACUUCAGGUGCAGAGAUGAGUCCUACCUCUCCAAACACAUGCUCACUCACUCAGACAACAAGAACUUUAUGUGUGCUGAAUGUGGAUAUGUCACUAAAUGGAAACACUAUCUGACUGUCCAUAUGAGGAAACAUGCUGGAGACCUGAGGUAUCAGUGUGAUCAGUGCUCCUACCGCUGUCACCGCAUGGACCAACUUAACAGCCACAAACUACGACAUCAGGCCAAGUCUCUCAUGUGUGAGAUCUGUGCUUAUGCCUGCAAGCGAAAAUAUGAGCUCCGCAAUCAUAUGUUAGCCAAACAUUCAGGAGAGGAGAAACAGCCGUCUGUCCUUAAGUGCAAAUACUGCACAUACACCACCUGCUACAGACACGCUCUGCAAAACCAUGAGAACUGCAAACACACCAAGCUCAAAGAGUUUCGCUGUGCACUUUGCUUCUACUCCUCGUUUAGCAGCAUCAGCCUUUUUCUGCACAAGAGGAAAACUCACGGGUACGUACCAGGAGACAAGGCGUGGCUGGAGAACUACGCAGCCAAGGAGAAGGAGAGGAACUCUACUGAGGUCUUGCAGGACUUUUACAAGAAGCCUUCAGAUGCCCGUGAGCAGCCUGAACAGUCUGCUUCUGAAGGACCUAAGACAACUCAAAGAGAACUGUCUGGUCUCCAGGAAUCAGCCGAUCACAGUGCAGAGAAAAAUGGAUCAAAAACUCAGAAUUCUGAGGAGGUGUAUGAUGUUUCUCAGGAGGUUCCUAAUAAAGGGAUUUCAGAUGUUCCCACAUCUGUGAACAGUCCUGAGGAGUAUUGCACUCUUGUUUUAACAACACUGUCAGCCACUGACUACCAGAAUGAGGAAGAAAACUGCAUGAAACAGACUCCAAGCUUAGCUAAUUUUAAUCCUAAUGGGUCUGAAAUAUCUCAAGAGAGAGUAGAUUUCUCCAUGUCUUCUUCAGAAGAGGAUGGCGUAGAAAUGGCUGAUGCAGAAUGUGACCAAAGUGACAUAGAUAACCAGGAGUCGCUGAAUAAUACUAGUCAGCUAUUAGACUCUGGAGAGCAUCUAACACCUGAGGUGGAAAAUGACAACGAAACAACCAAUUCUUGUCUUCUGACUGAGAAAAGUCAACCUUUAGAGUCUGAGAUCCAUCUGAAAGAAAUGAAGAAGCAUGACCAGGACCAAGCAGAAUCCAUGCUAUUGGAAGGGCGGGUGCAAAUGCUUGUAGUGCCAGCUAAAGACGUUUACCGCUGUGAUAAGUGCUCCUAUGUCACCAAUAGGGAGACAGCUCUGAAGUACCACAGCCAGGCUGUGUGCCACGGUAGGACAAAGGGACACAAAUGCCAGGCCUGCGGUGCUCAGUUCAAACAGAGAAGAGGCCUUGAUAGCCAUCUUGCAAAGAAGUGCCCUGCUGUUCAGCGAAAAAUCAGGACAUUUGUCGGUAUUUCUAGUAGAUGUGUGACUGCAAAAGACAACUCUAGUAAAGGACUGGAUCAGGAAACAAGUUCCGACCAAAUAGAAAUUAUUCCUUCACAAAGUAGGAUUUGCACAGAAUCAAAUGAUCAAGGAAAGGGUAUUUGUACACCACCCAUUUCACCCAAUGCUCACGAUGCUUCAAUUUCAAGUGGAUCGGGACUACAGAAACACAAAAUACAGAGAAAAAAGCUUGCAGAAAAGCAAGUGGAAAGCACAUGUUCUAGUGGCAAACAGACAGAUGUUCCUCUGCAGUCCUUUUAUGCUAAAAAAGAUGGAAAAUUUGAAUGCAAACUGUGCAAUUUUGCAUCAGUGAAGCUUGUAACAGUUGAGAGACACCUGUCAUCAUGCAAGAAAAUUAGGAAAACAGGGAAUCAGAACACUGCAGCAGUAAAUGAUGAGGGUUGCACUGAGUCUGCCAAAGACAAAGAGGACUUUGAGGAAAGGAACAGUGAAGGAACUGGGAACAUCUUUGAUAAAUAUCAAACCUUCUCUUGUGGAAGCUGUGAAUUCAAGUGUAGACAGAAAAGGGAGUUAGAAAGUCAUAAAAAGAAAGGCUGCUUUAAAUCUGAUGAAGGCAAAUCAAAAAUGUCUUUGACCAGUCUUAGUGUUCAUACAAGAAGAAAGUCAGCUGCUGCUUCAUCCAAACCUUUGCAAUGUGAGCAAUGUGCCUUCACAUGUAAGCAGGAGCGAUGCAUGACACAGCAUAUCGCUCUAAAACACAAAGGUGAACAGCCUCACUGUUGUCGUUACUGUCCUUUUACCACCACAAGGCGCUAUCGCUUAGAGGAGCAUGAAUCUCUUCACACAGGAAUCGGCCGUCACAGCUGUGAUGUUUGUGACAAAACCUUUGGGACUAUGACCAAACUGCGGCAGCACAAGAUUCGUAUCCACGACAAGCAGCCGUCACACUUCUGCUCGCUGUGUGACUUCAGCGGCUACACACUGGACGAUGUGAAACGACACAAUCUCAGAUGCCACACAGGGGAGUUGCACCACUCCUGCACCCACUGUGACGCUCAGUUUAGCUCAGAAGUUGCACUAAGAAACCACUGUAAACGUGUGCACAAGCUCCAGGUUUGUUUCUCAUGUAAGCAGUGUGACUUCACGUGCAACAGCGAGGCCUCACUGAAGAGCCACCAAGAGAGCAAGCACCCACAGGCGAAGUGCACCACCUGCCAGGAAGUAUUUGUGACAAAAGAAAGCUUGGAGAUCCACCAGAGGACCCACCUGGCACAUCAGUGUCAGCUGUGCUCCUUUGCUGCCAAAACAAAGCAACUUUUAGCUCAACACCUCCUAAACGAACACGAGGAGGGGUCUCCAGAGGAUAAGCCUCUCAGGUGCAGCGCCUGUCAGUUCACCUGUCAACACCAGCUGGUGUUAGAGCAGCACCUGCGCUCACAUGGAGGAAAACGCCUGUACAAAUGCACAGAGUGCGAGUAUUCAACCAGGAACAAGCAGAAGAUCAUGUGGCACAUUCGUAUACACACUGGAGAGAAACCGUACAGCUGUGAGCAGUGCAGUUAUACUUGCACGGAUCCCUCAAGGCUGAAGCUUCAUAUGAGGGUUCACCAAGAGGAGAAGAAAUAUCUCUGUCAAAAGUGCGGAUACAAAUGCAAGUGGGCAACUCAGCUGAAGUACCACAUGACCAAGCACACAGGAGACAAGCCGUACGCCUGUGAUGAGUGCGAGUACAGAACCAACAGAGCCGAUGCUCUCCGUGCCCACCGGGACACGCAGCACUGCAGCCUGCGCCCCUUUGUCUGUGAGAAAUGUGGCAAAGCCUUCAAGACCAGUUUUGUCCUGAAGACCCAUCAGCGCCAGCACAGCGAUGACCGGCCGUACAUGUGUGGACUGUGUGCCAAAGCUUUCAGGUGGCCUGCCGGCCUCAGACAUCACUACCUCUCUCACACCAAGCAGCAGCCUUUCUGCUGCCGUCACUGCUCCUACAGAGCCAAGCAGAAGUUUCAGGUGGUCAAACAUUUAAAGAGGCAUCACCCUGAGGUGUCAGCGGAGCAGGGUGUGGUGAGGGACUCUGAGGCAGUGAGCCUGACACUGAAGGAGGCCCUGCAGGGGGCGCUGGAGGAGAGAGAGGCAGAGGAGGAGGAGGAGGGGACUGAUGAUAAGGGACAAGACGAGGAAGAUGACGUAGCUGAAGAGCAUGUGCAGAGAGGAGAGGAGAGCAGGACAUGACCCUGAAGUCAUCACUGUAGGAUGCAUCUUUAGAUGUCUAUUUUUAAAUAGCUGACUGUUUUGUUUUGUUGUCAUAUAAGGUGUAACAUCCUGUCGUUGUGGAUUAAGGAAAUACUGAAAAGAAAAAUGCUUUUAAUUUUCAAGGUAGAUAUAUUUUCUUAUAAUAAACAACUAGAGUCUAUAUUUUUCUAUGAUUAAAUUUGCAUUAUUGUCAUUUUUACUGUUCAUGUUAAUAUGUAAUGUGACACCAAACUGUCAGAUGUUCAACGAAUCAUUCAAACAGGAUUCAUUUGACUGUAAAUUCAUUUUCCAACAUCUGCUAAUGAAACAAGGAUCACCCUAUUCAUGUGCAGAUGGGGGGGUGGCUUAUGGGGCUUUAGCCCCAAAUGUUUUCUUAAAAGCCCCGAAUCCUUCAUGUUGGUUGUAAGAAUGUUUCUUAUGAGUGUUAUGUUAGAUAAAUGCAUGAUUGUAUGCAGGGAGGAGGAUUAGAAACAUUUGACCAAAAAAUGGUAUGCAUUUUAUUAUGUUCUAAGAUAAACAACAGAAUUCUGACUUUUUUGCAGAAUUUUGACUUUUUCUUAGAAUUAAAAAAAGCAUGAAAUUUUUUUAAUGGUCCUAACACUCUUUUGUAUCUAUAAACUCACUGCAGUGUGAAAAUGCUUAUAACGUUGUUCUAAAAAUACAAUUGUCAGCAUGUUUGUGAAUAAAUUGAGAUCUCUCACCCCAAUUGCUGCUUUUUAUGUGCUUUGUUUGAAAAUGCAGACCUCAAUUGUAAACCUUUUCACCAAAUUCCUACCCUACCUAUGCAAUAUUCUGUAAAAUAUUACCUUCAGACAUUUUGGGGAGGCAGAAGUGAAAAUUAUUGGACUCCAGCUUGGUGUUAAAUGAUUUUAGAAUGAUAAUGACAGUUUUGGCUCAGUUAGGUUAAGAAAAAAAUGAUGUUAUUAUUUAAGUUUUUUUUUUUUUUUUUUUUUUAAGUGUGAACAACAUUAUUUUUGCCUAGAUGAUGAGUAGAUUUGUUGACAUUUUUAAUUUAAGUUUUUAUUUAAAAGUGUGCAAAAAUAGUGCAUUAAACUGUCUGAUAAGCAAAAAAAAUUCUAGGGAAGUGCCCACCCCUCAGCCAUCCUUUCUUUGGGCUUAGCUCUGGAUUUUAAACAUGUCUGAUUCACCCCUGAUCCUAUCCCAGCUUCAAAGGGGUGAUGAAUGUUUUAUUUUGCAUAGAUUUGUCUGUUUUCCCCAAAUAAAGUACAUCUCAUUGUC